AUGACACGCAAUCAAUACUUCCAGAUUGAUGACCUGAUCCCCCCCAACCUGAACGACACUGCCAGCUUCUUCCGGCGCCUUACCCUGGAUGGUCCCUCCUGGUACAUGUAUCUCCACUCGACGACCCUCUUCCAAAUCCUUCAAGUUGCCUGCGUCCUUCUUGCCGUCUUCACUGUCUUGACCUGCCUGGCCGGUCCUGACUUGCUGAUUUUCGACGUCAGCGUCAAUAACAACACCAACAUGAGCUGCCGCAGCAUCAUUCUUAGCACCGGACCCAGAAUCAGCACCCACUCCAUCACCUUGCCUAGGAUUACCACUAGUAGUGCCAAUAACAACCUCCCCGCCAGCACCAGCAGUUUGGGUCUCACUCUCAGUCACAACUGCUGA